AUGGCGGCCUCGUCAGAGAAUCUUCGCCGGAGUUUCCGAGCUCAGAGGAGCCAGAGAAGCUAUGUGCAGGUGGAGGAGACCGACACAUCCGAGGAGCAGGAAGUGAACGUGGGAAGGCGCUGUUUUUGGAUGAUCCUCAACAUCGUGUCCUGUGCGCUGGUUAUCUUCAGCAUCAGUGCGACCGUGAUCCUGUCUGUGCCCCGCUUCGCCACCACCACAUCAUUGCACGGCAGCAUUGAGGUCAUUUGUUCGGCCUUCUUUGUCUUCGAAUACGUUUUGCGGCUUUGCGCCUCAAGACGUCCCCUGCUCUAUGCAUUCUCUUGCCUCGGUGUCGUGGAUCUGGUCGUUGCAGCCGGGAGCUUGCCGACUCUCAUCAUUCGGCUUACAGAGCUGGUGCAAGGACGCGGUCACGUGCACUUUUUCCAUCCGCUCCUACCUCUUCGGAUGCUUCGGCUCUUGAAGCUGAUGUACUAUUUGCCAGAAUGCCGGCAGCUUUGCAUCGCCUUGAAAGGCGUCGCGAGGUUCAUCAUGGUUUUCCUGCUGGGAGUUCUGGUGAUUGUCUUGAUGCUGGGUAGCUGCUUGUACGUAGCCGAAGAUGGCCACGAAGGCUUCGAAUCCAUUCCUGCAGGGAUGUGGUGGGCCACGGUAACAAUCACGACCGUGGGCUACGGAGAUGCAGUCCCGCAGACCGUGUUGGGCAAGAUGUUCGCCUCAUUGUCAAUGCUGAUCGGCUAUGGCAUGCUCGCCAUCCCAACACUUCUCGGCGCCUUCAGCAUCCGGGGAUCGGCGGAGGACCCCCGGAACAAGUCGAGGGCUUCCCAGCCCGCAGAGGAUGUCCGCCUAAAGGAGAAGAUUUUGUGGUCUGAUGCAGACACACCCGAAGGCCUCGUGCCGGUGCAAAUCCGCCCGGCGGACUGUGAUGACUCCGGAUACCUGAAGCACGCCGUGGGAUUCUCGCUGCUGGAACAAGCAGUGGUUCAGUGGAGUUCCGCAGAUGCCAGGUACCUGACCUGGCCGGUGAAGGACUACUGGUUCCAUGUCCCCCGAUCUGGCAGGGACUCCUCGCGCAGCCUGUGGGCGGAGGUAACCCGUUCCGGCGACCUGUUGUCCCCUUCGUCAUGUGAGUUUCGUGUCUCCUUUUAUUCCACCAUCCGGAGCAACUCCACUGAGACACCCGUCGCUCGUGGAAGCAUCCGGUAUGGACAAGAGAACUCGGAAAAAAGUAUUGGAAGCCCGGUCAGUCUCAGCUCGGAAAGUGCUCCCAAUUCCCCUCCCCGCUUCAAGUUCGAACCCCUUUUCAGCCGGAAACUUCAACCAAUGGCAUCCUCGGCCACCCGCACGGUCCGCUCGGCCGUGAGCAAAAUCAUUAGCACCUUUACCGACACUGGCUCCGUACGCGAUCGGUAUGUGAGUUUGGCUUCGCCAGAUGACCUCCACCACACGGAGCAGUCGCAAGAGUUUGUGAACCGAAAGUUCUGGCUCACCUUAAACCUCCUCUCCAUUUGCAUCGUCGUAAUCAGCGUGAUACUGACGGUGGUCAUGUCUUUGCCGGAGGUCCGGUCCCAUUCCUCCUACACGCGGAUGUACGAUGUGGUGGAGAUUGCUUGCGCAGCCUUCUUCAUCGUCGCCGACCUGCGAGCAAAUCGAUAUGCAGAUAUGCAGCACUGUGGCACUGCUAAGUUGCAAAAGAACUGUCUAAGCCGAGUCUUGCUGCUUUGGCAGCAUGACCGUUUCAGUGCAGGCUGGGUGCUGAGGAAGCUCAUGCACUACAUCCGGGAGUGUCGGCAGCUGUCGCAUGCCCUUAGCAACGAGUUCCGGUUCAUCAAUGUCUUCCUCUUCGGAAUCCUGGUCAUCGCGCCAUGGAUGCCCUUUCUCACCCGUCCGGUUGUUCCGUUCAAGGGAGAGAUCAAAGCUGUAGGAUUCCCCGCCGAGGUGCUGAUGCUCGGGACAUGCCUCUAUGCAGCCGAAGAUGGUGCAAACGGCUUCGAGUCAAUUCCACAUGGAAUGUGGUGGGCCACAGUGACUUUGACGACUGUCGGUUAUGGCGAUGUCGUCCCACAGACUUCGCUGGGCAAAUUGUUUGCGGCUUGCUCUAUGUUGAUUGGCUACGGCAUUCUGGCCGUCCCAACUCUACUCUCAACCUUUCAGACGACGAAGAUCCAAGCCGAGCCGGGUAUUCCCCUCACCGACCUCCGGAGCCCGACCAGGACCGCCAUAGACCUGGACACAUCGGAGCAUACUGAGUUUUUCGUUGUGCAGCCACGCGCCAGCGAUAUCGAUGGGUGGCGAUGCCUGAAGGCCAGCGCGGGCCCAGGCUUGCUUGAAGAAGUGAUGGUGCUAUGGAGUCGUCGGUGUGGUGUGAACAUGUCGAACUGGCAUGCAUACCACUAUUCCUUUACACUUUCUGUACCACUGCAGCAGCUGAUGGAGGAGAGUGACCUAUAUGUGCAAGUCCUGGCAUGUCCCAAUGCCGAUUCAACCUCGGAUUUUCAGCUGAUCUUUCAUUGCGGGAAAAGUUACAGCCCUGACACCCUGGACCAAGCUCUGGCCGAGGGUCACGUGCGAUACUUUCUCUCCGACUCUAGCGCCGAAUAA